AUGACCAGCAUUACCCUCGACGAAUUGCUCGCGAUGGAAACGAACUGCGACCGUGACGAAGUCGUCGACCUGCGCUCACUCGAGACGGUCUCUAGCUACGAUGAUCACCUCAUGUGCCCCAUCUGUCACUGCCCGUUUGUUCGUCCAGUGCGCCUUCAGUGUGAUCAUGUGUUCUGUCAGAAAUGUCUGAACUCCGCCAUCACGGCCUUCGCCGCCAGUCGAGACGACUUCACCUGUCCCACCUGCCGGACCCCCACGAGGGGUGUCUACCUCAACGUGCCCCGCCUGCUGCUCAACAUGUGCGAUGACAUUAGGGUGCGGUGUCCUUGUCGGAACGAGGGCUGUCAAGAGAUCAUACCCAGAGGCCAUGUUCAGUCCCAUUUCGACAAGUAUUGCGGCUACAGGCUCAUGAAAUGUCCGGACAGCGCGUGCAGCAAGAAGACCCGGAAGAAACACCUCAGCCCUGAGGGCCGGUGUUUGCACGAGCCUCAUCGAUGCCUGCGCUGCGACGAGUAUAUCAUGGAACAAGACUACGAGACCGGUGUCCUCCGUAAAGCACUGAGAGAACACAUCGACACCUGUCCCGAGGUUGUCCAUCCCUGCACCGCAUCGAAAUAUGGCUGUCCUGUCAAGGUCAAGCGCGCAGACCUGGCGACGCACGAGCAAAUUUGCCCGCUGAUUGCCAUGGGCCCGUAUUUCGAGGCGCAGAAUGCACGACUCGACUCCCUCGAGCUAACCAUCCGACAUCUUCAACAACGCAACGAGAUCUUCGAGGACGGGAUCGCCAACAUCCGAUCCACAUUAGUCCAGUCGUCUCGUACUCUAGCCGAGCAGGAAUCUUCUCCGGCCAACUCCGACCCUCGUCAAGAGUCCGCAAACCAAUCUCAAAUCGACAGCUCCAACCUCUACACCGCAACUACAACAAAUUACCUCCUAUCCCUCCACGAAUCUCUCCGCGAGGAGGUCGGACAGCUGUCCCACGCCAUCACCGAUCUUGAUGCCCGCGCCAGCAUGGCACUCAUGAACGAAUGCCUCCGAUUAAAGGAAGACAUGGCGCACACCAACGCAGCCGUCGGUAGCAUUCGCAUGCAGGUGCAAUGGCUCCUGAAUCCGCGUCUGCAUCAGGGCCAGCGCGCCGGUGCACGUCCGAGCAAUGCCAACACCGGAAACGGUAACCCGGCAUCUGCAUCGGGACCCAGUAGCGGAGCCGGUCCAUCAACAGCCUUUCUUCGUCCCCGCCGACUUAGCGACAGCGGACGAGAGGGCACCAAACUAUAG